GUUGUGCUGCAAUUAACGCUAAGGCCACUUUGGUGGUGAGGGAGGUGAGGGUUGCUCCUCUGCUUGUCAGGGACCGGGCAAAGCGGGAGAAAAAAGUGAAGAGAGUUAAUCGGUGAGGUGGCCUCGAGACCCUCGCCCCGCGGAGUUUGUUUGGAUUUAAUCUUGAGGUUGCAGGCGCCCGCCCGCCUGCGGGCCUCGCGGGGUUGAGAGGGAAGCACCGGUGCUUGUGGCUGGCGCCUGCCGAGUCCCCGACGCUCGCCCGUCCGCGCCGCUGCCCGUGGCGGUGGCGUCUCUGAACCGCGGGGUCGUGUUUGUGUUUGACCCGCGGGCGCUGGCGGCGUGGCACGCGGCUGAAGCCGGUGCCAGCGGGGCGGGGCCCGGCGCGGCGGAGGCGGAGGAAGACGGAGCGGGAGUCCGGGCAGGCCCGGCGGCGCCAUGGAACUGGGCCCGGAGCCCCCCCACCGUCGCCGCCUGCUCUUCGCUUGCAGCCCCACUCCAGCGCCGCAGCCCACGGGGAAAGUGCUAUUUGGCGCGUCGGCUGCUGGCGGACUGUCCCCUGUCACCAAUCUGACGGCCACCAUGGACCAGCUGGAAGGGCUAGGCAGUGACUAUGAAAAGCCAAUGGAAGUGAGAAACAACAGCAGUCUACAGAGAAUGGGCUCCUCUGAAUCAACUGAUUCAGGUUUCUGUCUAGAUUCUCCUGGGCCCUUGGACAGUAAAGAAAACCUUGAAAUUUCCCUGAGGAGAAUAAAUUCCUUACCUCAGAAGCUCUUGGGAUGUAGCCCAGCACUGAAGAGGAGCCAUUCUGAUUCUCUAGACCACGACAUCUUUCAGCUCAUUGACCAGGAUGAAAAUAAAGAAAAUGAAGCAUUCGAAUUUAAAAAGCCAAUAAGACCUGCAUCUCGUGGCUCCCUGAAUGCCCAUGUACAUGAGGAGAGUAAAGAUUUCUUCACACACAGGCAGAACUCAGCCCCAGCUUGUAUGCUGUCUUCAAAUGAAAGUGAUCACAGUGAAUCAGGACAUUUCAGUCCUCUUUUCACAUCCCAGUCCCCUGUGAAAGCCACUUUGUCUGAUGAGGAUGAUGGCUUCAUAGACCUACUAGAUGGAGAGAAUCUGAAGAAUGAUGAGGAGACCCCUUCAUGCAUGGCAAGCCUCUGGACAGCUCCCCUUGUCAUGAGAAGACCUACAAACCUUGGCAAUCGCUGCAGGCUGUUUGACUCACCUUCCCCGUGCAGCUCCAGCAGCUGCUCCAGCACUCGGUCAGUGUUGAAGAGAACAGAACGCUCUCGUGAGGAGUCUCCUCGAGGAAAUACAAAGCGGAGGAAGAGCAUGACCAGUCCUGUAAAGGCGGAUAGUCUAGAGCCAACCCAGGAGCUUCUACACCAGUCUUUAUCCCUGAUAUCUUCACCCAAAGGAACCAUUGAGAACAUCUUGGACAGUGACCCAAGAGACCUUAUAGGGGAUUUCUCCAAGGGUUAUCUCUUUCAUACAGUCUCUGGGAAGCAUCAGGACUUGAAAUAUAUUUCUCCAGAAAUUAUGGCAUCUGUUUUGAAUGGCAAGUUUGCUAAUCUCAUUAAAGAAUUUGUUAUCAUUGACUGCCGAUACCCAUAUGAAUAUGAAGGAGGUCACAUCAAGGGUGCUGUGAACUUGCACAUGGAAGAAGAGGUCGAGGAAUUCUUACUCAAAAAACCUAUCGUACCUACUGAUGGCAAGCGUGUCAUUGUCGUAUUCCACUGUGAGUUUUCUUCUGAAAGAGGCCCUCGAAUGUGCCGAUAUGUGAGAGAGAGAGACAGGCUUGGCAAUGAAUACCCCAAACUCCACUACCCUGAGCUGUAUGUCCUGAAGGGGGGUUACAAGGAGUUCUUCCUGAAAUGCCAGUCUCACUGCGAGCCCCCCAGUUACCGACCGAUGCACCAUGAAGACUUUAAAGAAGACCUGAAGAAGUUCCGCACCAAGAGCCGGACCUGGGCAGGGGAGAAGAGCAAAAGAGAGAUGUACAGUCGCCUGAAGAAGCUCUGAGCCACGGGGCAGCAGCCUCAUUUCCCUCGCCCUUUCCUCUCCCUUUGCUGCAGAGCAGGAAACAGAGGAGCCAGCUGUGGUCCCUGGAGGAAGGCAUGGGCCUCCCGGGCCUUGAGUCUGUCUCCUACACUUCCAGGCUGGAGCUCGGGACUCUCCCGUCAGGACUGUCUGACUGAACCGUCCCAUGAAAAGUAGCUGGGACCUUAUUGGGCAGACCCUGGGCUCCUGUCAUGAGGGGAGACAGGUGAGUGACCCAAACAGAAGUGCUGCUGGCCGAAUGCCAAAGAUGGGCUGGGAGGAAGAGGUCCUUGUGGGUGACCUGUAACUUAAUUUAUUCAGCUUCAUCAAUUGUUUUAUUAUUUUUUAAUUCCUCAAGACUUCUACUUUACUGCUUCAUUAAGUCAAAAUACUGCCAUCCUAGGUAGAGUUUUAUCAUCCCAGGAACUACCUCUACUUUUAAUUUAAAAAAAAAAAAAAAAUUGGGGCAGGGAUAAGAAAAGGCAAACCUGUUGAGUUGUGGCCAGUGCUAGGAGCUCAGUCACCCCAGGAGGCCCUGUGAACUGGGAUUGCUGCUACUCAGUCAAGGACUGAGAUGCUGGUGAGAGCCUGCACCAGAUCCAGGCUUGGCUACAGGACAUAAGCUAACCUUCCCAGGCUGGCCUCUGUCCUUGGGAUGUCCUUGGGAAAGUCUCAGAUCCACUCCAGGUUCCCAUGAUAGUGGCUUCUAUAGAGUCGCGGGAAAGCACUUCAGGCGGCUUCCAUCUGGCCACCCCCAGGCCAGUGCUGGAAUGCUGUAGCGUAGGUACCCAAGGUCAGAGUGGGAAGGAGGGAGAGGCAUGCUCACUGAAUGUCCUUUAAAAAAAAAAAGUCAUUGUAUGAGUUGAGUAUCAAAUCAUUGUUGGGUGGGCACCCAAGGGUGAGAAGCGGCCAGAAGCCCAGGCCAUUGGGUGGAAGGAGUGGGCCCUGGCCUGCAGGUGACUGUA